UUAUGAAGCAUCAUAAUAUAAAAUUAUGUGUGAAAAAUUAAUAAAAUAUUGAUAUAAAUAAAUAUAAAAUUUUAUUAAUUCAUGUUUGAGACAUGGACAAUAAAAUGAAUUGUAACUCGUUUAACGUGGAUAGUUUAAUUAAACAUUUCCUAAAUUGUACACCAAUAAAUACAAUAGACAUUCUUAAUUCAGAAGAAAAUAUUAAUUGUUUAGUUAAUUCAAAAAAGCAACAGGAGAUCUUGGAAAGAACAGUAAAUAGUGACUUAAUUAAAAAAUAUCCAAUUAAACGAUCUUAUCAGAGAGCAUUUUUAAAAUGGCUUAUGAAAAAGAUUGAAGACGAAGGUGGUGAAAUUUAUGACGGUAUUUAUACAACAUAUUGUAAUUUAAUAUCUUCCACUAUAGAAGAAUCUACUCACUAUCGGCAUUUUUUAAUAGAAGAUAAUUGCAUUAGUAUAAAAGAAAGCACGAGUAUUAUAUCAGAAGGUACAACAGGAUUGUGUAGUUGGCAGGGAGCCAUUGAGUUAAGUAAAUGGUGCUUAGAAAAUAAAGAAAAAUUCUUUGGAAAAGUUAUUUUAGAACUUGGUUGUGGUGUUGGCUUAACAGGAUUAUCCAUUAUUAAGACUUGUUUUCCUAAACAAUAUAUAUUUACAGAUUGUCAUAAAAUUGUUCUUGAAAUGGCUUUUGAAAACAUUCAACUUAAUUUAGUAUGUAAUGAAAGGAAAAUAGAAUCAGCACUAAAAUAUGAUAGAUUUAAAUCGCAAUUAAGGUGUAAUUAUACAGAUGUUAAAAUAGAAGAGCUAAGAUGGAAAGAUAUUAAUAAAUAUGUGAAUGAACAAUGGGUCUUACCAGAUAUAAUAAUUGGAGCUGAUAUUUUGUAUGAUACCGAUUCAUUUUUUGGAUUAGUAAGGGGAUUAAAAGGAUUUUUAUCUUAUCCUAAUAGAUGUGCAAUUAUUGCAUUAACAAUUCGCAAUGAAGACACUGUUUUACGGUUUCUACAUCAAUUAGCACGUUAUGGUCUCAUUUUUAAAAAAUAUGAACCACGGCAAACGGUACACCAAAAGUCAGCAAGUGAACCUGUUAAAAUAUUAAAGAUUUUUCGUCGAUAAACUUAAGAUAAUAAAUUUUUAUUGAUAUAAUGUUUUUAACAAUAAUUAUUUUAAAAUGAUCUUACUGGAUUUCAAAGGCAAUUUGUUGAAUACCUAUUAUAUAGUAAAUUUUACUUAAUACUUGUUUUAUAUAUUUACAUUUGCAAAUAAAGAAUAUUUACUAUAAA